UUAAUGAAAUUACAGCCAACAUAAUAUUCAGUUGUAGUUAACUUUUUGUUUAAGAUUGUAAUUUCAAAAUGAAUUUGUUCAUUGUUUUACUGUUUAUUUUAAGUCGUUUUUCUGACGCUCAAAUUGUUCAAUUAGGAGAAUGUCCAGAUGUAGAAACUGUAAUUGAUUUCAUACCAUCGAAGUACCUCGGUGUGUGGUAUGAAAACAGAAAAUAUCCAGCAAUUUUUGAAUUAGGAGGCAAAUGUAUCUCAUCACUCUAUACUGCUGAAUCUGAAGACACAAUAGGAGUAGAAAACAUGCAAAAAAAUAUUUUAACUGGCAAAUACAACGUUAUCAAUGGCAAUGCAACAAUACACGGAGAUGCAAAAGAUGGAAAAUUAAUUGUAACGCUUCCUUCAGCACCUUUUCCGGCACCGUAUUGGAUUUUGGAUACCGAUUAUGAUACUUAUUCGGUAGUUUGGUCCUGUGGGGAUUUGUUUUCGUUAAAUGCUC